GCAUGAAUAUCAUACUCUUCCUCCCUGUCACAGAUUUGGAAAAGUAUUUUGACUAUUUUCCACACACAAUUUCGAAAAAUAGAAGAAAAUAAAUGAGUGCAUAUUUUGCUAGAAUUUUUACGAACAAUCCUGUCCAAUAACCAGGUCUAGCGAUAUUCUUUUUAACUGCACUAAUGUCAAUACCAUUGCAACAAACAAUUUAAAAUUUUCUCUCCCCCCUUUUCUCCAAAAUGGCAACCCCAACACCCCAAUCUCUUUCCCUACCUUUUAAAACACGAGUACAAGUCACAUUACUCAGCUUCGUCAUUGACGGCGUCCGUCGCAACAACGGCACCAUCAACCGCGCUGUCGUGAAGCUUUUUGACCGCCAUGUACCUCCCAACCCAAUCCCACACAAGUCUGUCUCCUCUCACGACGUCGUUUUCGACCCUUCCAACAACCUCUGGUUUCGCCUCUACGUCCCUCACCAUUCCGCCGCCGUUGCAUCACUCCCGGUCAUCGUCUUCUUCCACGGAGGCGGGUUUUCCCUUCUCAGCGCCGCCUCUAACAUUUACGACGCCGUUUGCCGCCGAUUUUCCCGUGAACUAAACGUCGUCGUUUGCUCCGUCGAGUACGGCCUCUGCCCGGAACACAAAUUCCCUAGCCAAUACAACGACGGAUACGCAAUCCUUAAGUUCCUCGAAGAACCUCAGAACCGUCUCGGCAUCCCACAUUGGCCGAAGAAUGCUGAUAUAUCAACCGUCUUCCUUGCCGGAGAUUCUGCCGGCGGUAACCUCGUACACUACCUUGCUGUCAACUACGCCAAAUCAUCCUCCUCCUUCUCUCACCUUAAAAUCGCCGGAAUCAUCAACAUCCAACCGUUUUUUGGCGGGAAGGAACCAGCCAACUCGGAGAUUGAACUCGAUGGGAUGCCGUUAAUUACGAGGGAGAGAAGUGAAUGGAUGUGGAAGGCUUACUUGCCAGAAGGGGAAGAUUGGGAUCAUUGGGCCGUGAAUGUAAGUGGGCCCAACGCAAUGGAUAUAAGUGGGCUUGAAUUACCACCCAUGUUGUUAUUUACGGGCGGGUUUGACCCGUUAAAGGAUUGGCAAAAGAGGUAUUAUGAAUGGUUGAGAAGAAAUGAGAAAGAUGUGAAGUUAGUGGAGUAUUCUAAUGCAAUUCAUGCAUUCUACAUUUUUCCUCAAUUACCUCAGGCUGAUUUGUUGUUUGCUGAGAUUAAAGACUUUAUUAACAUCCAAAUUUCUAAAGUUAGGUUAAGAUAAUUAAAAUUGGGUUGUGAAUUUGUUAUGUCAUUCUUACAUAUUGUAUAAUGGUUAAUUACUAACUUAUCA